AUCGGUUCGGGCCCGGCUGGCCACACGGCUGCCGUGUACCUGGCCCGAGCUGAGCUGAAGCCCGUCAUGUACGAGGGUUUCAUGGCCAACGGUACCGCUGCCGGCGGUCAGCUCACGACGACGACGGAGAUCGAGAACUUCCCCGGAUUCCCCAAGGGUAUCAUGGGUUCCGAGCUCAUGGACAACAUGCGCGCCCAGUCCGAGCGCUUCGGCACCAAGAUUGAGACCGACACCGUGACCAAGCUGGACCUGUCAUCGCGCCCUUUCAAGUACAGCACAGAGUUCAACCCGGACGAGACGCACACGGCCGACGCCGUCAUCGUGGCGACGGGCGCGUCGGCGCGCCGCCUCCACCUCCCCGGGGAAGACAAGUACUGGCAGAACGGCGUGUCGGCGUGCGCCGUGUGCGACGGCGCCGUGCCCAUCUUCCGCAACAAGGCCCUCUACGUCAUCGGGGGCGGUGACUCGGCCGCCGAGGAGGCCAUGUUCCUCACAAAGUACGCCAGCCACGUCACCGUCCUGGUGCGCCGCGACCAGCUCCGCGCCAGCAAGACCAUGGCCACCCGCCUGCUCAACCACCCCAAGGUCACCGUCCGCUGGAACUCGGUCGCCACCGAGAUCCGCGGCGGCGAAAACGGCCUCAUGAGCCACCUCGUCGUCCGCGACGUCGUCAAGGGCACCGAAGAGGUCGUCGAGGGCAACGGCCUCUUCUACGCCAUCGGCCACGACCCGGCCACCGCCCUCGUCAAGGGCCAGGUCGACAUGGACGACGAGGACUACAUCGUCACCAAGCCCGGCACCACCCUCACCAGCGUCGAGGGUGUCUUUGCCGCCGGCGACGUCCAGGACAAGCGUUACCGCCAGGCCAUUACCAGUGCCGGCACUGGCUGCAUGGCUGCCCUCGAGGCCGAAAAGUACCUUGCCGACCGCGAGGCCGAGGAGAGUAAGUAG